GCUGUAGCUGGCUCUGCAGGCAGAACCACAGCGAGAUCGAGAAGCGACGCCGGGACAAGAUGAACAUGUACAUCAGCGAGAUGGCCUCCCUGGUGCCCAUGUGCAAGGCCAUGUCCCGGAAGCUGGACAAGUUGACCGUACUGCGCAUGGCCGUUCAGCACAUCAAGACUAUACGUGGUUCGAUAAAUUCGUACACGGAAGGGCAUUACAAGCCGCCAUGGUUAUCGGACGAGGACGUCAAGAACGUUCUUUUACCGGGUGCUGAUGGGUUUCUGUUCGUUGUGAGCUGUGACCGUGGUCGCAUCCUAUUUAUGUCGGAGUCAGUGCAACAGACGCUCAACUACACCCAGGGAGAUCUUCUCGGACAAAGCUGGUUUGACAUUUUACACCCCAAGGACAUUGCCAAAGUCAAAGAGCAACUCUCUUCAUCGGACUUGUCUCCGAAGGAAAGGCUCAUCGAUGCAAAGACGAUGCUGCCACUGAAAGGGGAAUUUCCGCAGCGGCAGAGUAGGCUGUGUCCCGGUGCUCGGCGCUCCUUCUUCUGUCGGAUGAAAUGCAAGACGCAGGCGACCGUCAAGGAGGAGGCCGACACCACAACGGGCGGCCAGCGGCGCCGAAAGUCGCACAGCUUCGACCGCCGAUACUCGGUCAUCCAUUGCACAGGCUACCUCAAGUCGUGGGCACCCGCCAAGCUCACUUUGCCCGAAGACGCUCCAGCGGACGACAGCGAAGGGUAA